UUGGUAUUUCGCAAAAGAGGCUUUAUAAAACAACUAGUACCACCCUACGGAGUCACUCGGAUUUUGGAUUCGCAAGCGAUUCCCGAAGAAAAAAAGUUGAGGAACAUCGCGGCAAAGCUCACUACGAAAGGCAAAAUGGUCAACACAAAGGGCGUGGUGUACUCAGUGUUCGCGGUCGUCGCCGUGGUCACGGUGUGCGGAGUCCUACCGGUGGUGCAAGGAAAGGCCGCCGCCAAGGCCAGCGAUGGCCCGAGUGGCUUCGACUUCACUCAUUUCUUGAUGCCGCCACUUCCGAGCGAAGACUGCGAAGGCGUCGCGGUCGCCCCGGGCGGUGGCUCCACCAUGGUGGCCGACGCCAAUGACUGCACCAAGUACUCCGUCUGCACGGACACGUUCAGCACCAAGAUCACCUGCCCGGCCGGACAGCACUUCAGCGUGGCUGACAACAGGUGCACGGCUCCGGAGAAGGCUGGUUGUGACCCUGCCUUUGCUGUCACCACUGCAGCUGCUGCUGCUCCUGCUGAUGCCAACAAAGCAGACGUCAACGCUGAAGCCGAAUCGGCUCCCGCCGAAGCCUGAAAAGUUCGCCCCACAGUGGACACUGUGCAGGAUAAGUGUGCUGCUCGCCGGAGUGUACGGAGGCGUUGUCGCUGCUCGUUCACCACCCCUGCGAAAACUAAAAAAAAAUGAAGGUCGCUGCGGGAAAGUGAUGGAUUCGCGCUCCACGUCACAAAACCUACAAUAAAUAAAUAAAUAAAUAAAUAAAUAAAUAAACAUAGUAAAGUGAACGAAGCGAGAGCCGUCU